GUGGAGUUUAUGGCAUAUAAGAAAUAAUGGUUGACUUUAAUUAUUAUACCAAACGAUUAAUUCGUAUAUUCAUUGAUAUAUUUGUCAAUUUAAUUGGUUUAUUAUAUCCAUCGACACAACGAUAUCUGCCGCCCAUUACUGAUGGACUACUGUUAGAAUCGGUGACUAAUUUAGUCAAACGGAUCAAAACGGGAAAACUGAAGAGCGAGGAUGUGAUUAAAGCAUAUAUUAAACGUAUUAAAGAAGUUCAGCCGCACAUAAACGCAGUGAUAGACGAGCGCUACGACGAGGCGAUCAUCGAUGCCAUCGAAGUGGACAAACGGGUCGCACAUGAACUCCACGGCAAUGAACCACUCAAUGGAGUGUCCAUUCAUUCCCAGCCAUUGCUCGGCAUUCCCUUCUCCGGCAAAGACUGCAUUGGUAUCAAAAACAUGUUAAUCACUGCGGGAACCGCUGCCAGAAAGACAAUACGGGCCACAGAAGACGCGGCAAUGGUGCGCAAUCUUCGCAAUGCGGGCGCAAUACCCGUCUGUAUGACAAAUGUACCCGAAUUAAUGCUUUGGUGGAAUACAGACAAUAAAAUCUUUGGCCAGACAUACAAUCCGUACGACAAGUCCAUUAUUCCGGGCGGAAGUAGUGGUGGCAACGCUGCGCUCGUGUCGGCCGCAGGUUCUUUGCUGGGCAUCGGGUCAGAUAUCGGCGGCUCAAUACGAAUGCCAUCGUUUUUCUGCGGUCUAUUCGGUCACUGCACUACUCCAGAACUGAUUCCAGCAGACAAUCACUGGCCACCAACUCAUGCGGAGAGGUUUAAACUAUUAUCAUUUGGACCAAUGGUUCGCUACGCGACUGACAUUAAACCGACGCUCAAAGCAUUUGUCGGCAAUAAUGUGUCAAAACUAAAGUUGGAUGAAAGCGUGGAUUUAAGUCGACUUAAAGUGCAUUAUAUGUAUGCAAUCAAUGAUCCACUUCUCACUCCUGUCAGCGCUGAGACCCGAAAAGGUAUCGAUGAAUGCGUUCAACAUCUCAAGAGUUUGGGCGCAACCGUUAAAGAGAUUAAUUUAGACAAAUUGAAGCACUCGUUCCUCAUCUGGCAGUUCGCUAUGACUGUGAAAGGAGUGACUCCUUUGGCCGAAGAGCUCACAAACCGAAACGGAGCCAUCAAUCCACGCAUCGAGAUAUUGAAAUCACUGUAUGGCGGCUCUGACCACACAUUUCAAGCCCUAUACGUGGCGUACGUCACGGGAAAACCGGUCGCCGAACAGGUAUUACAGAAAUACAAUAAAAUCCGAGAAGAGUUGCGACGAGAGGUCUACGAAAUAUUAGGAGAUGACGGCAUUUUGCUAUUCCCGACACAUCCGGACAGUUGUGUCAAAUUGAAUGCCACACUAUUUAACAGCGGAAACGUUUGCUACACAAUGGCCUUCAACUGUCUUCGAGUGGCCAUAACUCAAGUCCCGUUAGGACUCAACUCCAAUCGACUGCCUCUCGGAGUCCAAGUGAUCGCCAAACCAUUCAACGAUCACUUGACUAUAGCUGUGGCCGAAGAGUUUGAAAGACGGUUCGGCGGUUGGGUUCCGCCCACGAGAGUCAACAUCUAGUGAUUAGUCACUUAUUAGGCCAUAAUUUACUUUUAUUUAGCACUUAUUAAUGCAAUGAUUUGUGAAUAAAAAAAUGAUAUAAAAUUAAAUAAAAAAUGAAAAA